GGGAAAUUGAAAUAAAUAGACGUUUGAACCUCACUGCUUGGUCUUCAGUGAAACUCGCUUUAGCAGUGUGCUUAAAGCCUUGGGUUGCUUAAAACGAUGGGGGAUCGAGUGGAGCUGCAGAUCACACCAGAGACUCCAGGCAGGCCCUCCAUAAGGAACCCCUUUGAGAGUCCCACUGACUACCACCGUCUCCAUGAGCCCCUGGUGCCCAGCCCCUCUGUCUUCAAGUCCAAGCCCUGCAAAGCUACUCCAGUUAAGUUUAACUGGUCCAUUGAUGAGAUGGCCAGUCUGCUGCCAGUGCACAUAGACCCAGAAGACAUACAACGACAAUCCUUUUACCUCAGCAAGACAAGGAUAGAUUCUGAUAUUGAGGAGAAGCGGCAGAAUGCUAUUGAAGAGUUUUUCACCAAAGGAGCCAUAGUCCCCUCUCCCUGGGCGGCCCCAGACAUCCGGAAAGCCUCUCAGAUUUCUAAGAAAAAGUCAAUAUCACCAUUAAUAACUGAGGAGCCAGAAAAACUCACUGUUGCAUGUCAGACAACCCUUUCACUACCUGUGACUUUUGAUUUGGAGAAAAUACUAGGGGAAUAUUACUGCUGCGAGGAGGUGUGUGAGGCUGUUCAGGAGAGCCUUAGCUCCUCCUCUCUCAGACGAAAACUCUUCCUCGAUGGUCAAGGCAGCAUCAGUAGUGGCUCUGACAACUCCAGCCCGCCGAGCCCAGAGAGAGAGCCGUCUAGGGAGCAGAAGCUGUCGCUGGGCCGGGGAGGAAAGGGAGCUGUGGGAGGAGGUGAAAGCACAGAGGGAGAAGUUUUUCCCUCCAUCUGCUCCUCCCCUUUGUCAUGUGGCAUUACAACUCAGACCCCCUCUACGGGUCAGUUCUCUUCGAGUCCCAUCCAGCAUGGUCGUUUCCGUGACUGCAGCCUGGGCAGCAUCACCAGUCCUCUGGUCCCCGACAGGUCGUCUCCUGCUGGCCUCCUGUCCCCUACGCUUUCUCCUAUUGGUGCACAAUCAGCACACACGCCCCAAGGCUCAGCUGAGAGGAAGCAGCUGAGCUUUUUGACUCCAGACGAUGUCCCUCUAGACCUGAAUGUCACCUCCUGCACUGAGAGCCCAUUUGUCGAGGGCUGCUCUCCAAUCCGUAGCUAUUCCCCGCACCACCUCAGUUGCCACAGCGAACCCCAGCACAGUGCCAGGCCCAAGCCCAGGCCCAGGGUUCGAUGCUGGGCCUCACCUCCCCUCAUUUCCCCAAUCCUUAACCCUAAGCUCCAGGACUGUCAGGAGCUUGAGGACCAUUCCCCCUCAAACUCUCUCCCCUCUAUGGAGUUAGACCUGUCUCCCUCCCCAGCGCAGGACAUUCACCCCAUUAAUGCUGAGUCACACCAGUGUCUGAAUGGCCUUGGUGAGGGAGCUGGCUUGAAGCCUCUGGAACCUGUAAAAAUGGAGGAAGGGACAGAGACUUUGAUGAAUGGGAGGUUAGAGAACAUUAUUGAAGAUGAGGAAGAGGAGGAGCCUGAGGGGCUGUCAGCUCAGUUGACCAGCUCUCGGAUGGUGAAUGUGUCAGUUGCUGAUUUCUCUCAGAUAUCAGUGUCUCUUCUGGCUGAGGGAAGCAGCAUACGCUACGACUCCAGCAUGCAGGUGGACAGUGGAUACAACACUACCUCAGCGGGCGCUGCCAGUCUUAUAGAUGGCUUCAGUUCAGACUGUCACAGCAAGGAGUCCUUCAGUUCAAACCUUGCAGAAGAGCCCUUCCCCUUCACUAGGCACACUAAAGUUAAGGCAUUUUAUCCUCAUCACUGACUGAUCUGAUUGGUGCAUUUACAGAGAAGCCUCUUCCAGUUGAACUGUAAUGAAAUGAAAUGAAAUACAAGUUUACACAAUGUUGGAAGCGUUCAUAUGGAGAUCAGUUGGUUCACACUGUUGUGCUGUGGUACAGGGGUUACAUGUGGUUGUUCCUGACUUUGGGGAGUUGGCUCAGAGCUGCUAUCUCCACUGGCUAAGGUUUUGGCUCGUGGACACUAUUUUUCACUCUCCAGUUUUGGGAGAUUCUCAGCGUCACUAAAGCUUUUUGACUAAAGAAACAAUGCUCAACCUUGGGGUUGGAGACAUGGACAAAAUCAAAUAUCAAUAUUUUUGAAUGAAUACUGCUGUUGAUAUUGUAAUGUUAUCGUAGGGAUGACUAUUGGUGCUUUCACAAAAUAAUUACACAAUGACUUUUUAGAUAAACAGUCAUUAGUAAUGGAGAGAUAAUGACCAACCAGUUAGAGGCGAAUAAUAGAACAGCUAGGACAGUCUAAAGAGUUUACAAAAUUACAUCCUUUUACUGUAAUGCAGUCUUUAAAACCAGGAUAAGACAACACUUGUGCAGUAUCACGAUAGUGCGAUAUCUAAAACCCCAGAGGAUAUUUAGUGUUAUAUCAGGAUACCAAUAUAUUGAUAUCUUUAUCACGGUUGUAGCUCAACCAGGUGUCAUCACUGUUUACAAGAGCUGGGUUUGCCCACAGCUCUGAUCUUAUUACCAUUAUAAACCAAUGAAAAAUGAUCUUAUAUCAAAAUUUAUUUUGUAACCUGAGGCCAGUUCACCAGAAUAGGGAAGAUAAAAUUUUAUGUCAUUAUGUCUGCACUGAACCCUGCACAAUAACCUCCUUGAAUGCUGUAUUUGUGACAUUUAACUUUAUUCAUUUGGUGCUGACAUGAACAAGGGACUGAUAAAUCCUGACUUUCAACUCUUAGCAAAUUUGUACUAUACUUAUGCUUUUUUUCCCCUCAAAAUGUUUAUCAUGACAAUGAAUCCAGCCUGUACACUACUGGUGUGUUUUUUUUUUAACUUAAUUGAACAAAUGACUUUUAAUGGUUGAAAUUCAAAUUAUUUUUAGGUAUUGAUGAUUACAAUAUUUAUUCUUGUGGAACCACACUGAAUGCCGCUAGUUAAUUAAAAGCUGACAAUGAGCCAUAUGUAUAGCUUUUUCAAAUUGUAUGUUUGGGCUGCAACAUUGUCACAUUAAAUCUACCUGAACUUGU